AUGCGCGGAAGGCAGAACUGGGUCCGUGCCAUGGUUGGUGGGGAAGCCUUCUUUUCACAGCUUCCCUGGUCGGUGCGAGGUUUGCAGCCAGCGCCGCGCCGGGCGGAGUUGCGGCAGCAAGGCGCAGUGUGGCUCGGUCCAGAGACGCCUGCAGACAGCGCGGAGCCGACGCCUCACGGACGGUGCGACGUCCAGAAAGUUGUGGGUCUCCGAGCAAGGCCCGACAGGCGGCGGCAGGUAUAUAAGGGCCUCUGCGACCGCCGGCAUCGCAUCGCAUCGCCCAGCCUGGCUCCUGCAGCGACCAACAUGCCCCGAGCUCUGAUGUUCCUCGUUGUGGUGGCGGCCCUUAUGGGCCUGGCCAGUGCCGGGUACCUCAGUGGCGGCUACGGCGGCUACGGCGGCUACGGUGGAUAUGGUGGCUACGGCGGAAACGGUGGAUACGGUGGCCAUGGUGGAUACGGCGGCUACGGCGGCUAUGGCAGGGGCUGGGGUGGCUACAGCGGCUACCGCGGCGGCUACGGCGGCUACGGAGGCGGCUACGGCGGCUACGGAGGAGGCUACGGCCGGGGCUACGGCGGCUACAGCGGGUACCGCAGCGGCUACGGCGGCCACGGGUACUGGGGCUGAGCGCUGCUGAGUACCCUCGCCUCUCCAGACGCCCGGUGUAAGCGACCCGGACGCCUCUUCUUCCCGUACUGCAACGCCAACAGAAAAGACUAUCUCUUCUCCGCACCGCAGCUUGUGAUACCUUCAGAGAAAACUGUGUACCAUUUAUAUGUUCCGUGAACUGAAGUAAUAAAGUUUUCAUACCUGCUCACAUGCUUCGAACUUAUUUUCCUGUUUCAAUCCUAUCUAAUCUUCUUGACUCUUUAUAAAGAAGUAGUUUGUAUUACUUAUUAAAGGCGUAAGUUACAUUUAAUACAUGUAAGGUAAUGAGUAGAGACCUGCAAAAUUCGCGGAUUCAUUCGGUGAUAGGCUAGAAUUAAAACACAUAUACCUCUUAGAUAAUUUUGCUAUUGGCUUACUGUUCAUCUGGACGAAUCUCAACCAGUUAUAAAUCCUCAACCAAAGAAGGAUCGAAUCACAUACAAACCCGCUGAGACUACUUACAAGUCGGCAGCCAAUGAACUUGCUUUAUUUGCCCGAGUGUACACGGGUGUGUGCAGUCUGUCCUGAAGGCCAUCAAAACUGCGAAUUUUGCAGAUCUCUAGUAUUGAGUUAUGUGUUAUCAAUUUAUUAGUAAAAAAAUUGACAUUUUAAAAUCAAUAACAUAUAACAAAAAAAAAUCCUUUUCGUGAUAUCCUACAGGCACAGGUAGAUUUAGAAGUAACUUAAUACUAUUUCUUUUGAAAAAAAUAUUUUGAGACUUAUAUAAACACCUGGAACAUUUCAAGAACUUAGUAUACCUACAUUAAAUCAUAUGUGUUCUCCGAUAUUCCAAAAUGAGCGGUAAAAAUUUUUCAUAUUACAUUAAGCGAAAAUAUUUUGAAUGUUUUUAAUUCAUUGCAUUCAGAAUUGAAAAACUUUGAACAAAUUUCAUAUUAUGACUACUAAGGUAGUUAUUCAAAAGUUUUAACCUUCAAACAAUAUUUUUCAUACCUUUGACUAAUACGUGAUAGCAUGGGCGUAGAUCCCGGGGGGGCCAGGGGGGCCCGCCCCCCCCCCCCUGGAAUUAAUGGGCCCCUCCUUGGGGGGCCCACUUCGUGAUUUUAAAGUUAAUGGUGUACACAGCAUAUAUAUCAGAUUAUUAUUUACAACGACGACAGACACUUUGACAUGCUUUAUAUUCCUACCUUUGAGUUCCGUAGUUAUUUUCCCCUACCCCUUCUGCGAAAGCCAUGGUAUGGAGUUUUCCAGUGAGAACUUUGAAACCCUUAAUUCCUAGAAACCGUUCAUUCCAAAGGACGAAGCUAGGGUAGGGUUCCGUUAGCAUUUCCUCCCCAUUGUUACCCACACUUCCUUGUCCUCUGAAACGACAGUAUUAUAGGUUUCAGGUAGUCUGUUUUUAAAGUGGUUUUGCUCUUUUGCUCUCGUGUGCGCCAGUCUUCUGCUUUCUUGGCAAACAUCAACAUGGAUAAUUUCGUGACGCGGAAGAAACGGAAAACAGAAUCUGAUUCUCACCUGGUAAGCUUGAUUGUUUUAUAAGUAGUGACUAUUAUUUAGGUAAUAUAUUUUAUUUAAGUGAUUAUGUAACGUUAUUUUUUCCAGUAAAUAAACAAAUUAAUACUUUAACAGUAAUUAUAGCAGAAUUUAGUUUAUUUACGAACUGAAACUUAUAUACCAUUACUGGAAUUUUUUUUUAGCUCAUCUCCAUUCUGUAAGGCUGUACGUUACAUGUGAAUAUACAGGGAAUAAUUUUUUUUCCUCGUCAAUAUGGAAUUUAAAAUCACUCCCCUUUUAUUAUCAAACGAUAAUUUUCACAAUUCAUGGCCGAUAAUCACUUUAUAACAUUUGUUAUUUGAUAACUGCAACACUGCACGAGUAAACAAAAGUAAGAUUGAGAAAGAAGUAUUUAAACGUUACACAUCCGUAUUUAAGUUAAUAAGGAAGCAAACGCGUCUCUUUAAUAACUAAUCAAGCGGUAUAUUUUAACUAAAUAAUAUUCACUGCCAAAAUACUGAUUAUACUAAAAAUAAGCCGAGAAAUGUAUGUGGUUCAAUUAGCUGUAGGAUAAAUUUCAUAGUUCUAUCUACGAUAUUUUUCAUUUGUGUCAUUAAGUUUUUUUUCUUUUUUACCUGGUUGAUGCCUUUACUAAAUAAAAGAGUCUUUAAAUGUUUUAAUAUGAUUCGAUCGUUCAUUUACUGUUGAUCCGUUUAUUAGCUUUGGAGCUUUGGGUUUUUACGGCGCAUCAAAAACUGUGAACAAAGAAUUUCACGAACAGCAUUUGAAUCGCAGUAAUUAUGUGAUGUGGCAUAAAAAACCUGACAAAGUGCGAGUCGAACUCGCGCACGAAGGGUUCCGUACCAUUAUCUAUAAAAACGGCAAAAAAAAUCAUGUCUGUUGUAUGGGAUUGGGAGCCCCUCUUAAAUAUUUAUUUUAUUCUGUUUUAGAAUUUCUUGUUAUAGCGGCAACAGAAAUACAUCAUUUGUGAAAUUUUAUUCUGUUUUACGUUUGUUGUAUGGGAUCCCCCUUAAAAAUUUGUUUUAUUUUAAUUUAAUCAUUUAUUUUAAAGUGAAUAUAUAACUAAAUAUUCUGUGAAUAUUUCAAGCGUCUACCCGUUGCCGUUUUCAAUAUCAAGCAAAAACGAAAAA